AUGGAACGAGUCUCUGUGUUCGUUAUUUUAGUUUUAAGUUGUGAACUUGGAUUGUGUUAUAUUAAUUUGGCUGAUGUUGAUUGUGGUCUGGUGAAUGCACGUAGUGGUCGGAUAGUCGGUGGUACAAACAGUCUGCCAGCUGAAUUCCCCUGGGCUGCCAGUUUGUGGAGACAGGGAACCCAUCAGUGUGGAGCUACCAUCAUUAAUAAUAGGUGGCUGGUCACCGCUGGACACUGCGUUUGCAGUGUAUUUGACGAGUUCUACAAAUCAAAACAGUUAUCAGUCGUAGUAGGUUACACUGAUAUAUCAGCAUCGGACAAAAAUCAAAGGCUCUCUAAAAUUAUACCUCAUCCCGACUAUAGAUGUAAAAAGAAAACAAACGACGUAGCUCUCCUUAAAACAGAACAUCAACUUGUAUGGACAAAUGAUCUGCGCCCCGCUUGUCUUCCUAGGGCUAAAUCAUCUGACUUUACUGGAAAAAGAGCCACCGUUGCCGGUUGGGGUUUCACCAAUGAAGAUAGAGGAAUUGGUGAGAGACCGAAUGUUUUGCAAAAAACCGAAGUUACUGUAGUAGAAAACGGCGAAUGCAAUAGUUGGUACGAAUCCCAGGGUAGUAAAGUAAGGAUUAUUGCAACUCAGAUGUGUGCUGGUUAUAAGCAAGGAGGACGGGAUUCGUGUUGGGCUGACAGCGGAGGUCCACUUAUGCUGCAAGGUGAGAAGGGUCACACUAUGCUUAUUGGAGUAGUUUCAACGGGUAGUGGUUGUGCCAGAGCGAAAAUGCCAGGAAUUUAUACAAGGGUUUCAAAAUUCACUGAUUGGAUUGUAUCGAGUGUCAAUAAUGAUAAUGCAAGAAAAGGUUUAAAUUGGUACCUGAGGGGUGGUUAG